CAUGACCAGGCAAGAGCCAUGUGGUGGAUUAAUGGCAGCGCCCUCUCUGGGUUCAUUCUGAUGGGGUUCUCUGAGCGGCCCCAGCUGGAACUGGUUCUCUUUGGGGUGACCUUGCUGCUGUACCUCAUGACUCUGGUGGGCAACACCACCAUUAUCUUAUUGUUCCUCUCGGACGCUAAGCUCUGCACCCCCAUGUACUUCUUCCUCUCACACCUCUCCUUCCUGGACCUCUGCUUCACCAGCAGCAUUAUCCCCCAGCUCCUUGUCAACCUGGGGGGUGCAGACAAGUCCAUCUCAUAUGGAGGCUGUGUGGUCCAGCUCUAUGUGUCCCUUGCAUUGGGCUCCACAGAGUGUGUCAUCCUGGCUGUGAUGUCCUAUGACCGCUAUGUUGCCAUCUGCCGCCCUCUGCACUAUGCCUCUGUCAUGCACCCCCGGCUCUGUCACACCCUGGCAUCCAUGGCCUGGCUCAGUGGCAUGGCCACCACCCUGGUGCAGUCCACGCUCACCCUGCAGCUGCCCCUCUGUGGGCACCGCCUUGUGGACCACUUCUUCUGUGAGGUCCCAGUGCUCAUCAAGUUGGCCUGUGUGGACACCAGCUUCAAUGAGGCUGAGCUCUUCGUGGCCAGCAUCCUGUUCCUGCUGGUGCCUGUCUCCUUCAUCCUGGGCUCUUACAGCUUGAUCGCCCGGGCUGUGCUGGGCAUCAUGUCAGCCGCUGGCAGGCGCAAAGCCUUGGGCACCUGCUCAUCCCACCUGCUGGUGGUGGUCAUCUUCUAUGGCACUAUCAUCUUCAUGUACCUGCAGCCAGCCAGCAGCCGCUCCAAGGACCAGGGCAAAUUUGUUUCCCUCUUCUAUACGGUGGUGACACCCGUGCUCAAUCCUCUCAUCUACACCUUGAGGAACCAGGAGGUGAAGGUGGCACUGAAGAGAGCUCUCGGCACAGUUUGGGGGCGCCUUUCUGAUCCUCAGGAGAUCCACAGACACAGCCAGAGUAGCAACUGUUUCUCUAUCAGGUGGUGGGUCCGUUGAUGGGUUAUCCUCAGGACACACACGAGGGUCUCAGGAGAGCAGUUGGAAGUUAGCUUGACCCGACCCUCACGAUUAGACAUGCUGAGAGCUGACACUGCAGCUGGACCUUGCACCACCUACAGAUAGGGCUGCAUGGUGUUAAACU